UCAGUAAAAUCUCUUGAGUUGGUAAACCUCUUCUACAACUACAAUGCUUUAGUCGCUGGUCUGACCCUUAACUUAAUACACUGCAAAAUGGUGUUCGCAAAGUUGUUUUUGACGGCGUCAAUUCUCAUAACAUAUUCGCUCUCAGCAAAUGUCGGACUGCUUGAUAUUUAUCCCGAGUUGGUGAUCGCAUCCAAACCGGAGUACCGAAAUGACAGUUCACGUGCGGAGAUUGGUUUUAUUAUGAACCCAGGCACGCCGAAUGAAGAAUUGGUGAUAAUGGGCAUGUACACGGUUUAUGAUGAGAAGACGAACACCAAAACGGUGACGAUGUAUAUAGCCGAUAAAAAUGGUUAUCAAAAGGGUUUUAGUAUCAAACUCUUAAAGACUUUUGUGGGUUAAAGAACGGAGAUGGAAUAAAUCUAAUUCUGGAUUCAUUUUGUCAAUUCUAUAUUAUUCAUAAACUGGGGAAUUAAUAUUAAUGAAUGUAUAUAACUCAAUGUUUACAAAGUGUAAAAGAUAUUAAAUAUGAUUUUAAUAAAAUAAUACUAAUCGCAUUUUUGCAAA